AUGAGAGGUUUAUUUUUAGGAGACCUUGUAGGGCGUUCUGGUCGAGAUGUUGUUAAGGAAUAUCUUUCUGACUUAAAGCAGCAGUUGUCUCUUGAUUAUGUGGUUGUAAAUGCAGAAAAUGCUGCAGGGGGCUUCGGGAUUACAGAAGCUAUUGCUGAAGACUUGUUCGCUUGGGGAGCGGAUGUCAUUACAACCGGAAACCAUGCGUGGGAUCAACGGGGUUCUAUUCCUUACUAUGACGAGGAAAGGCGUCUUUUACGUCCUCAUAACUAUCCGCCAGGGUCGCCAGGAUCAGGUGUUGUGUGUAUCACGCUUUCAAAUGGGUUUUCCCUGACGGUGAUCAAUGUGAUGGGGCGUUUGUUUAUGGAAACGUUGGAUGACCCCUUUCAAAGUGUUCAAAAGCUUUUGGAAAGUCAUGUUUUAGGCGAUACCUGUCAUGCAUUGAUCAUUGAUAUGCACGCAGAAACCACUAGUGAAAAGGCGGCGAUGGGCGUGCCAGCCUUGUUGUGGGAACGCAUACUCAUGUUCCUACAGCGGAUGCACAUAUUUUGCCCGAAGGAACAGGGUAUCAAACAGAUGCUGGGAUGUGCGGCGAUUAUGAUUCGAUCAUUGGGAUGA